UACCUUCCAAUUCGACAGAGGGGGAGUCUGUGGUAAGGUGGCGUAUCGUCUCUCUCUGCGCCGCCCCCCCCCCUCUCCUCGCCGUUUCGUGUGGAAAAGAGGGACAGAAAAAAAAACCGCUUUUACCUUAUUUUAAUAAGGUUUUCCCCGGUUUCGGAUGAGGGGUAGCAGACACCGAGGCACGAUCCGCGGAGAUGGAGCUAAGGGAUAUUUAACAUCAAACAUGGACACUACAGGCUCCCCGCGAUGACUGUGCUCUUAACCCCGGCGCUGUGAGGAGAUCUGCCUCGUGGACACAAUUUAGAAGCAUUGGCCCUUCUUUAUCCUUUCCUUCCCCUUAACCCCUUCCCUUCCACACCCUCCGCCAGUCCUCGCCACCCACGCAACGGCUUUCCUGUAGAUACUUCUUCCUCUUGCAUAACACGGGAACGUUAGCAUUCUGAUCACUGACCAUGCGGAUUGGGAAUUAGUGAGAGAAGAGAGCAAAGACAUACAAAGAGGGAGAUAAAAAAAGAGGCAAUAAACAGAGGGAUCAAUGGAAUGAUAUUUUUGGAAAAACUGAAGAUGUAAAGAUUUAUAUUUUGUACAUUAAACUUUUAGUAGAAGCUCAUAAACAACCCAAGGCACGAAAAACAGACAUUCUGCACGCACAAUCCGCUGUUUAGUUUUCUUUAUUAAUUCGACACUCAUACACGCCACGGUCUCAUGAUGAUGUGCGAGGUGAUGCCCACCAUUUCUGAGGAUGGGCGAAGUGGGACUGGUGGGGGACCCUCCUCACCUGCCGGGGCAGGGGUCGGUGGCCCUGGAAGUGCGGUGGGAGGAGGGGGCUUCAGAGGUGGGGAGCCCAGAAGUGGAGGGGAUGAAGGAGGCAGCACGGGGAACCUGGAGUCCUUAAUGGUCAACAUGCUAACAGAGAGGGAGAGGCUGCUGGAGAACCUGAGGGAGACACAGGAUUGCCUGGGGACAGCUCAGCUACGCCUCCGGGAGCUCGGACACGAGAAGGAGUCACUUCAACGACAGCUAUCUAUCGCUCUGCCACAGGAGUUUGCUGUGUUGACUAAAGAGCUGAACGUUUGCCGGGAGCAGCUUCUGGAGAGGGAGGAGGAGAUUGCUGAGCUCAAGGCGGAGAGAAACAACACACGUUUGUUGCUGGAACACCUCGAGUGUCUGGUGUCUCGCCAUGAGCGUAGUCUGAGGAUGACGGUGGUGAAAAGACAAGCCCAGUCCCCAGCGGGGGUCUCAAGUGAGGUGGAAGUCCUCAAGGCCCUCAAGUCUCUGUUUGAGCACCACAAGGCCCUAGAUGAGAAGGUUCGAGAGAGGCUCCGUGUGGCCCUCGAGAGGGUGUCCAUGUUAGAGGAUCAACUCGCAGCGUCUUCUCAAGAGGUAAUCUCUUUAAGAGACCAAAUUAAAAGACGUCAACAAGGGGUGGACGGCGGGAAAGAUCGACUACCAAAUGGUCCCUCCACUGGCCUGGAGGAUAGCGAGCUGGAAAGACAGCGAGAAGGAGAGAUAGAGCGGCAGAGAGCUGAACUGUCCCAGCUCAGAGAGAGGCUGGCCCUCAUGUGCCGGCAGGUUGGGGAAAUAGAGGAACAGCUUGCGGCAGCCAGGAGGGAGGUGACGAAGUCGGAGGAGGCCAAUCAGAAGCUCCAACGGGAAGUGAAAGAGGCCCUUUGCCAAAGGGAGGACAUGGAGGAAAGGAUAACAACACUAGAACGCAGGUACCUCAGCGCCCAGAGGGAGGCGACUUCUCUCCAUGAUAUCAAAGACAAGCUGGAAAAUGAGCUGGCCAGCAAGGAAUCCCUGCACAGACAGAGUGAAGAGAAGAACAGACAGCUACAGGAACGUCUGGAUGAGGCCAAGCAGAAGCUCCAGCAGACUCUACAGAGGGCAGAGACGCUGCCUGAGAUCGAGGCCCAGCUGGCACAAAGAGUUGCUGCUCUCAACAAGGCAGAGGAACGCCAUGGGAACUUUGAGGAGCGACUACGACAAAUGGAAGCUCAACUCGAGGAGAAGAACCAAGAGCUUCAGAGGGCGAGGCAAAGGGAGAAGAUGAAUGACGAACACAACAAACGCCUCUCAGAUACAGUGGACAAGCUUCUGUCUGAGUCCAAUGAGAGGCUGCAGCUUCACCUCAAAGAGAGGAUGGCAGCACUGGAGGAGAAGAAUGCUCUCUCAGAGGAACUUUCCAAUAUGAAGAAAAUCCAAGAUGAUCUUCUGGCUAAUAAGGAACAGCUCCUUGCUGAGCUGGAGCGAAUCCAACUGGAGCUGGAUCAGCUGAGAGGCAGACCUGGCUCUUCUUACUCAAGGGCGGGCAGUGUGAGCUCACUUCCCUCCACCCUUUUUCGGAGAUCUCUUCCAGGGAGUGCCUCAGAGCUGCGUUACCCUCAGGGUGGAGGCUCCCUCCCAGCUGGCUACAGCAGCUCCUCUAGUGGGGUGGUGGUCAGGAGGACACACCGUGGCCGGUGGGGGGGUGGCGAUUGGGAUAACGGCUCUAUGAUGGGUCUUGGGUAUGAUGGGGGAGUGGACGGAGUCUGCUCUGAUGAUGAGGACGACAGGGAGACUCAGGUUGGAUUAGACCUGCUCUCCCCCAGCGGACAGACAGAUGUACAGACUUUGGCCAUCAUGCUACAGGAGCAGCUGGAGGCAAUCAACAAGGAGAUUAAGCUCAUUCAGGAAGAGAAGGAGAGCACAGAGCUGAGGGCAGAAGAGAUAGAGAGCCGGGUCAGCAGCGUGGCCCUGGAUGCCUCUCCUCUUCCACCUUCCUCGCUGGGAGGUCGGGACAGUGUUGGGAGGGGCUACAUGACUCCCUCCAUCACCUCCUCCACGUUGGCGUCUCCUUCACCACCCAGUUCGGGACAUUCCACGCCUCGCCUGCCACAUUCCCCUGCCAGGGAAUCUGACAGACAGAACAGCAAAGAGGGUGAAGAGUGCAGAGCUCUUGCCCUGAUCGACUCCAACCCUUCUAUUCCUCGAGCCCUACGCUUGGACAGGAUGACACAUACUCACCCAGGGGCAGGACUAGACGACCACCGUGAAUUUCGCAGCCUCUCUGCUGAUGGUGCCAUCACUGCUAGCCAGGAUUCCCUCCACAAAGCCAGCAAAAAGAAAAGCAUUAAGUCGUCCAUUGGUCGUCUCUUUGGCAAAAAGGAAAAGGGGCGGAUCGGUGCACCUGGUCGCGAAUCAUCCUCUCUGGCCUCAACCCCCUCUGAUGACCUGGGUUCAGCUGACCCCUUAGGCCUGACCAAACUUGGGACUGGAACAGUGGAAAAAGAUCGCCGCAGCAAAAAGAAGCACGACCUAUUGGAGGAAGCCUGUCGUCAAGGUCUGCCUUUCGCCUCAUGGGAUGGCCCGACUGUUGUCACAUGGCUGGAGCUGUGGGUCGGGAUGCCGGCUUGGUACGUCGCAGCCUGUCGUGCCAACGUCAAGAGCGGUGCCAUUAUGGCUAACCUGUCGGACACAGAGAUCCAGAGGGAGAUUGGCAUCAGCAACCCUCUGCACAGGCUCAAACUGCGCCUGGCCAUCCAGGAAAUGGUCUCCCUCACUAGUCCGUCUGCACCUGCAAGCACUCGCUCUUCGACCAGUAAUAUUUGGAUGACACAUGCUGAGAUGGAGUCUCUAACUGCUGCCACCAAACCAGAGCAGAAAGAGUUCAGCUGGGACCAGAUCCUGGCCUAUGGAGACAUGAACCACGAGUGGGUGGGAAACGAGUGGUUGCCCAGCCUGGGUCUGCCACAGUACCGUUCCUACUUCAUGGAGUCCCUGGUGGAUGCCCGAAUGCUCGAUCACCUCACCAAGAAAGAACUGAGGGGCCAGCUGAAGAUGGUGGACAGUUUCCACAGGGUGAGUCUUCACUACGGCAUCAUGUGCCUGAAGCGCUUGAACUAUGACAGGAAGGAGCUGGAGAGGAGGAGGGAUGAAAGUCAGCACCAUAACCAAGAUGUCAUGGUUUGGUCCAAUGAGCGAGUGAUGUGCUGGGUGCAGUCUAUAGGGCUGAAGGAGUUUGCAGACAAUCUGUUAGAAAGCGGAGUGCACGGCUCUCUGCUGGCUCUUGAUGACACCUUUGACUACACGGACUUAGCGCUCCUGCUCCAGAUACCCAAUCAGAACACACAGGCGAGGCAGGUCCUGGAGAAGGAGUACAAUGCUCUCAUCUCGAUGGGAACAGAGAGGAGGCCCGAUGAGGACGGCACCAAAACAUUCACGCGUUCACCGUCAUGGAGGAAGAUGUUCAGGGAGAAGGACCUCCGCGGAAUGACCGCCGACUCCUCAGAAACAUUACCUGCCAACUUCCGUGCCUCUGCCAUCGCGACGCCCUCCGUCACCCUGAGGAAAGUCCAGAGCGAAGUGAACUCUGGUCCAAGAGGAGAGUCUGCGUCUGUGAGGACAUAUUCUUGCUAAAAGACAAGCACACCAGAAACCCUCCUCCUAUUUCCUAAUCCAAGGAGAAAAAAAAUUGUGGACGCAAAGUAAGCAUCAAAAUCAAACAUGGACUCUAAAAGAUGACCGACAUUCGAGGCCAGCGCCUUGAAGAAUCAAAGACACUGAGUGAAUGCUUUCUAAAAAGAUGAUAAAAUAAUGAGUGAAUGUCCGUUCAUCCAUCUCUCUCUCUCUCUCUCUCUCUCUCUCUCUCUCUCUCUCUCUCACUCCAUCAUUCAUCCAUAGUUGUGGCAUGAUGCUGUUUGACUCUGUAGAAAGUGGCCUGUAGAAAGUGACCAUCGCCUAUUGUGAAUUCAUCUUCUGUUUUUUGAGAGUGAGAUGGCACUAUUGACACAAAAGGAUUUAUAGUUUUUAAAUCAGAGAAUGCAUUCCUGUUCAUUUAAAGAGAACGACACCCCUGACACGCAUCCUCGCAGGCGAUUUAGACUGAUGAUAGAACAUACUCUGCCUAGCAACAACAAGAAGAAAAAAAAACAGUCAGGUUUUGGGCGAGGGAGCUUCAAAGGGAGAGUAAAAGUGUACACACGGGGGGGAAAAAAGUAUGUUCUUAAGCCAUAACAGACAUGAGAUGCACAAAUGUGAAUAAGACAGACAAUGAGACAAUUAGCAAAGUGCUUUUACAACAAAAUCCAGUUCAAACCGGAUUAAAAAAAAGAGUUAAGCAUUUGUGUUAAUAUGCAUGCCAAAAUCAACCAUUUUAGAGUGAACGUCAUGAUAUCAAUCAUCUAAUGAUGUGAACGCCUGGGGACUUUGUAAAAUGUGUGUAUUUUGUUUUUAUCAUUUUUUAUGAUAACUGCUAUUGUAUGUAUGUAUGUACAGUAUGUAUGUGUGUGUGUGUAUUAAACUGUACGUUCAUUUCAUACUUAGUUUAAAGACUGACUGUAAGUUCAUUUUGAGGUUGAAAAAGGAAAUAUGUUUUAAAUUAUGGACAUUUAAGAUAUGCUACUUGUAUGUGUACAUUUUGAGAAAAAACAAAAAAACAAAUUGUGUUAUGAUUUAAAUUCAUAUUAUUGGAGAGUAGUGAUGAUAAUUGAAUAUAAUAUGAUAAUAAUUAUGAUGAUACUGAUUGUAAAAGCUGUAAUUAAAAAAACAUACCUGUAAAA